CAUGUAAAAGAAUUUGACACUGGUCUUGAUCUUACAGGUUAAACCCAAUGAGCGUUUCAUUCUUUCCGGUUAUGGUAGAGUAAUUUGAAUCGUGGUGACUCCCAUGACACCUUGUCUUUUGAUAAAUGACACUUUAGGAAGUUACUUGUUACUUGGGUUUUGGGUAUUUAGGAAUCUUAGGCUUAGCAAAUUAGGAGAAAAAUCAUUUGUACAACAUGUAUAAUCGGAGAGUGAUAGUGUUGUUUCUUUUGUUGCUGAUUCCACUGCCAACUGUUCUGGGUUGGGGAAAGGAGGGUCAUUAUGCCAUCUGUAAGAUAUCACAGGGUUAUCUUAGUGAAGAUGCUUUAUUUGCUGUCAAACAACUGCUUCCAGAUUCUGCUGAAGGUGAUCUUGCUGCAGUUUGCUCUUGGGCUGAUCAGGUUCGCUUCCAUUAUCGUUGGAGUAGUGCUUUACAUUAUGCUGACACUCCCGAUUUCAAGUGUAACUAUGAAUACUGCAGAGACUGCCAUGAUUCUUACAAACGUAAAGAUAGGUGUGUUACCGGAGCAAUACAAAAUUAUACAAUGCAACUUAAAUCAGCUGAUGUAGCAGGCACUUCAUCUGAAUUAAACUUAAACUAUAAUUUUACUGAGGCACUUAUGUUCUUGGCACAUUUUGUUGGGGAUGUUCAUCAGCCCCUACAUGUGGGUUUCACUGGAGACCUAGGUGGAAACUCAAUAGCAGUUCGUUGGUACAGAAGGAAAACAAAUCUUCAUUAUGUAUGGGAUGACAUGAUUAUUCAGUCAGCUGUAAAAACAUUUUAUGAUUCAGAUCUUUCUAUUAUGAUUCAAGCUAUUCAAAGGAAUAUUACAGAUAAUUGGUCAAAUGAUGUAUCAACUUGGGAACAUUGUGCACACAACUACACAGCCUGUCCAGAUCGGUAUGCUUCUGAAAGCAUUAGCUUAGCAUGCAAAUUUGCCUACAGGAAUGCUACACCAGGAAGCACUUUGGAAGACGAGUACUUCCUUUCUCGGUUGCCUAUUGUGGAGAAAAGGCUGGCUCAAGGUGGUGUGCGACUUGCAGCCAUCCUCAACCGUAUUUUUACUUCCAAAACCAGAAUCGCUCAAGCUUGAACACACAUCAUCAGGGGAUCAUUCAUGGUAAACAUAGCUGUCACUUGGGCGUGUACAAAUUGUUAACUCUUCUAAUAUAAAGUAGCACAAUUAUUGUUCUUGACUUGUGUAUGUGCCUAUUCAUUAAGCCUUGUGUAAAGGACAACGUACUUGAUUUGGACUAGGCACUAGGCACUAGGCAUGUGAAACUGCCAAAGCAUUACGCUGUCACUGAUACACUCACAGGGUCCCUACCGGUGAUGUCAUUAAUGGUCUCAAAAAGAUUAGGGAUCAUGGAUUGGAUAGUUCAUGGGUCAGACCCAUUUAUUUAUAUUAAGUAAUGAAAUUAAUUUCGGAUCAUUGUAGAAGCUACCAUUCUGUAUCUAUUGGAGGUGGAAAUCUUGUUUCACCAAUCUUAUUGUAUAUUCAAUUGUUUACAAAAAAAGGAUCAACAUAGGUCAAUGCCUCUACAUGGAACCAUUGAUACUUUUACUCCAUAAGCAGAAAAAAAAAAUGCAAUAUGAA